AUGAUUCCGGCUCACAUGCGGCGGCCCGGGCUCAUGGUUCCGGCCGCACUGCCCAAAGAUGGCCUCAGGACAACGGGGCAAAAGAAGCGCAAAGCCACGGGCCCACGAUGUCUUUUAUCACCCAAGAAGAACACUUCCGCAGCCUGUCACAGAGACGGAUCGCAAAGUACUAGUUCUGCUCCUGAUUCCGUGCGAGAGAAAGAUGCCUUUGUCUUCAGUAAUGGAGACGAACAACCAAAAAGUGAUAAAGAAAAGAUCAAGAUGGCUGUUUUGAGGAACAUCUCGCGGAUGCUCGCAGGGAACAACCAAAUUCGCCAAAGACUGAUGAGCCUCUCUCAGGUCCAGUGCAGCCACACACAGCCUACUUAA